AUGAGCACUGCAAUUACAGCAACCGCCGACGUCACCUCGACUCUUCUAAAAGGACAGAUGAGCAUUGCUUCCUCACUUGAGCUAAUUCUGCCUCAGUCCGAAGCAAGGUUUAACGUUCUUCAGUUUCAGUACCUUAUAAUCCUUGCAGCCAAAGAUCAUCCGCCUAGGAUGUUCGUCCGUAUGGUCCAUCAUUUUCAGUGGAGUCACGAAACCAGAGUAGCAUCUGGUUGUUAUUCCAACGCUUAUAUCUCGACUGGCAUGAGAACUCACAUCUUCUUCAUCGUUACUGACUAG